UGCCCUGCGCUCCGUGGGCAGAUGGCGUCGUUCGGCCUGGGGGGGCUCAACGCCUCCUCCCGGAGGAGAAGCGUCCAGGCGCGCAACGCGGCCGUCGAGAGGCGGAAUCUCAUCACCGUCUGCAGGUUUUCUGUCAAGACACUGAUUGAUCGUUCAUGUUUUGAAACUAUUGAUGAUUCUUCCCCAGAAUUUAACAAUUUUGCAGCUAUUCUGGAACAAAUUCUUAGUCAUCGCCUCAAAGGUCAGAUCUCCUGGUUUGGCUAUGAAAGCCCUCGUAGCUUUUGGGAUUAUAUUAAGGUGGCUUGCCGUAAAGUUUCACACAACUGCAUCUGCAGCAUUGAAAAUAUGGAAAAUGUCAGUUCGUCAAGAGCGAAGGGGAGAGCUUGGAUUAGAGUAGCACUAAUGGAAAAACAUUUGUCUGAAUAUAUUUCCACAGCUUUGAGAGACUUCAAAACAACCAGAAGAUUUUAUGAAGAUGGAGCAAUUGUAAUGGGAGAAGAAGCAAACAUGCUUGCUGGUAUGCUGCUGGGCCUCAAUGCUAUUGAUUUCAGCUUUUGUCUUAAGGGAGAAGGCCUGGAUGGUAAUUAUCCGCCUGUGAUAGACUAUACACCAUACCUGAAAUUCACCCAAAGUUCUGACAGCAUCAGUAGUGAUGAAGAAGAGCUAAGAACACUGGGCAGUACCGGCAGCGAAAGCAGCUCUCCAGAAAAUAUUGGUCCUCCGUUUUUCAUGGAUGAAAACAGCUGGUACAAUAAAUGCAAAAGGGUUGAACAGAAAUAUCAUCUUACACUGGAGCAGAAGGGUUAUCUGGAAGAGCUAGUACGCCUUAGAGAGGCCAAGCUGGCUGAAUCCAUCACACAGAACAAGCUAUUACAUCAGAAAAUAGAAGCUACUGAUGUGGCCCAUAAAAUGGAAAAAGAACAGCUUGAGUACAUCAUAGUGGAACUGCAGGAUCAGCUAACUGUGCUAAAGAAUAAUGAUUUAAGAUCAAGACAAGAAUUAACUACCCAUCUCACCAAUCAGUGGCCUUCCCCAGGAGCUCUGGAUGUUAAUGCUGUUGCCUUGGAUACGCUACUUUAUCGAAAACAAAAUAAGCAAUGGGAUGAAAAGAGUUUGCACAGCCUGGACCAGCUGUCUGCAGAUGUUAGCCUUUCUCAGACAUCUCUGGAUCCUAGUCAUUCCCAAGAUGGUGAUGGAAAACAGGAUGGAUUAAAUUUACUUAGUGAAGGGAAAGAAGAUACUCCCUCAUUACUUGGUCUCUGUGGUUCUCUAACUUCAGUAGCAAGUUACAAAUCCCUCACAAGUUUGAAAUCAAGUGAAUACCUUGCAAGUCCUACAACAGAGAUGACAAGUCCUGGACUUACUCCUUCUUGAACCAAUUUACCCAGAGAAGACUUUUGUGUUUGUAAUAAUUUGGCAUUCCAUAACUAACCUGCCAUCAAGACUCUUAAAAGGUCAGGCCAGUUU